AUGCCACCUCCGGAGCUUAAAGCUGAUGGCACUCUCCGCUUCCCAUGGGCUGCAAGAUUGGGUCCCCAAUCACGCAAUAUGUAUCGGGAAGCUUCACCUACCUACCGACUCGAUGGUACACCUGAGGUAUCAAUCCCUUCUAAAGUCUUUAGAUUAGGACCAGAGAACAAGGAUGAAUAUGUUAUUGGAAAAUUUCAUAAAUGUUAUUUACCUCCGGGUGGCCUAGUUCAUGUUGUAGUCAAUAGACUCUGGGGAAGAAGCUGUAAGAUUUCCUGUAAGAAGCUUAAUGAUCCAUCGUAUAUGUUUCAUAUCCCACAUCAACCUACUCGUCAAUGGAUUAUUCAAAGAGGAGUAUGGCAUAUUGACAAUUUCUUGCUUUUUGUGUUGCCGUACACAUCAGAGGGUUCAUUCAAAAUUCCAGAAGUUUCAACUCUUCUAGUAUGGGUGACUUUGAAGGACAUUCCCGACUGCUGCUACUCUAGAUUGGGUAUUAGUCAUGUUGCCUCUGGUCUCGGUGAGCCCAUCUUAACACAUAAACAUCGUCUAGAUCCUACCAACAUGGGCGAAGCCAAAGUAUUGGUGGAAAUGGAAUUGGAUAAGGACUUUCCAAAGCUUAUAGCUCUUGAUGAUAAACAAGACAAUAUUUUUCUGAUUAAGGUUGACUAUACUUGGAUCCCUACUACAUGUGAGAGGUGUGGGUGUUUAGGCCACAAAGAGAAGAGGUGCCUUCAGCCUCCCAAAGUUCCAGAGAAUUCUACCUUGCUGUCAAAUUCAGUGGCUAUUAGUGCGGAUGUACCUGUUGUGGAUAUUGACAUCAUUAUUCAUCAAAAUGAGAAUGAUGCCCCAUAUACUUCAACAUUUCAACAAAAAGAGCUCACUGACCAAGAAACCACCACUUCUAAAGUUGCUCCAAGCUCAGGUUUGGAUUUUGUUACUGAUCAUGAACCACUGUUUGUUUCCUCAGAUGUUUCUACGGAAAGCCAAGUUGCAUCUGCUGCAUCGCCAAGCUUGAUCACUUCUACAGCCAUCUUAGCAGAUGUUCUAUCUGCUCAUGAUGCCACUACAACACCCAUUAUGGAAACUGUUGCAUGA